UCCACCCUCGAUCUCUGAUUUGUUCUUAAACAACAAGAACGUUUCCUGUUACAAUAUUGAAAGUUUCUAUUUUACAUAAGAAAGGCUGGAAAGCGAACGAGGAGUGGAAAUCUGGCGGACUUGGAUUUGAAGUUGAAAGAGGUUUGCCUCAAUAGGCCAUGACGGCACUACCAGGGGCCGGGCCGAGAAUCCCCGGCCUGCACUCUCAGAGCACUGUGCCUGUCCACCCUACGGCACCAGUCCCCCCGCAGCCGCCGCAGAGUGCCCUGCGUGAGAUCACAUGCGUCACCCUCUGCAAGGUUGGCCAGGAAACUGUUCAGGACAUUGUGGCGCGUACAAUGGACAUCUUCCACAUGCUCCGGGCAACACAGCUUCCGAAUGGCGUAACGCAGAAUCACGUGGUGUACCAGGAGCGGUACAACAAACUCCAAGAGCACCUUCGCCAGCUCACUCUACUCUUCAAGAAGCUGCGGUUGUUGUACGAUAAAUGUGGAGAGACGUGCGGGGUCUCUGAUGUCUCUGUAACAGAGUUAAUUCCUUUCGUGGGUGAGGAGUCCUUCAGACCUUCAGAUCUUCCCAAUGUUGGCGGGUUAGCAAACAAAGAGUGCCGGGAAAUCCUUGAGAAGCUACAACAGAAAAACCAAGAACUGAAGCACAUUAUGGACCAGCUACGGAAUCUCAUUUGGGACAUCAAUUCUAUGCUGGCAAUGAGGAACUAAGCUCAGGGCGAAAAUCCCGUUUUGUUUUACAAACUGACCUCUUCAUUUAGAUCCGUGUAAACAAAGAAACCUUCAAGUAGUUGGUGUGUUUUUAAAAAAAAAAAUUUGCACUGUAUAUAUAAUUGUUUUUCUACAUUUACAAAUAAAAAGAAAAACAAAAAAAUGUA